AUGUCUGCUAAUGAGUUGUUAGAUAAUCUACAGGUCAUAUUGAAAGCUGCAUCCACGAAAUGUUUUGUAGUGGAUGAAAAGUUUCCUAGCAAAUUUUCUGAGAUUAAUCCUUCAAAGAUAUAUGACUCUUACAUCAAGUUUAUGAGUAAACAUGCUGCCGAAGAUGGUGUGUCUAUUAAAGAUGAAGAAGCACUGGAAUUGACUACUAUAUCACAGAAAUUCGAUGAACAUGCCUAUAAAGCCGAGAAGAAUGGAUUUUAUAAAUUAUAUCACGAUAUCACACUUGUCUGCCUCAAUUUAAUACAUUAUUAUGCCCCAGGUUCUAGAUUCUACCAAAUGGUAGAUAAAUUCUACAGAUUUGCUACUGAGCUGCUAUUAAGAGAAUGCUACAAGAUUGGAGUGCAAUUAAGUUCCAUCGAGGAUGAUAUUGAAAAAGAAGUUGAAGAGGAAGAUGCCAAAGAUGUGGAGAAAAACGAAUUAAGUGAAGCUAUUUCAUUGGAUUUCAUAAAGAUAUCGACGUGCUAUAGACUACCAACAUCCCAAACAUAUCAUAUAAAGACAAAAGAUCAUGAUUUAUUCUCAUCGAUAAUUUCAAAAUCUGUAUUAGAUCAUCGUCCUCAGGAACUUCCAAAUUCUCAUUUUGAAAUAAAUAGUAUUAUCCCACAAACAAAUCUAUUUGAAGAAGCACCAAGGCUUGGGUUCCUUGCUGCUAAUACUAGCAAUAUCCCUGAUCCAACUUUACCUCCCACUGAAAUGAUGUCUCGUUUUUUACAUCCUAAUUGGUAUGCAUUACCAACUACUACUUGGUUAAACUAUGGGGACUACAAGAGUUGGGCACCACCUUUCGAUGAAAAUGGAACCGUCAUGGAUUCUACUACUCGUGGUGAGAUUUGGUUAAAAAAGAUAGGUUAUAAUGAAAUUAUAAGCCAAAAGACCAAACAAGAAGAAAUAGAAAAAGAAACUGAAGAAAAAGAAAAGAGUAUAAUAACAUCUGAAUCGGAAGAGAAGGAUGAAACAUUGAAGACUGAAAAUAAUAACACUAAUAAUACUGCAGAAGAAGGUGAUGAAACAGACACAACAAAAAUACAAGAUGCUGAUAUGAGUGGUGCAGAAUCUGAAAAAUCGGUAACAAAACUUGAAAACAUUUUUAACUGGCAACCUGGUAAUUAUAUCGAAAAAGAUGAAAUUGAAUGUUUCGAAAACGGUACCGAAGAUCAAUUAAUAAAUGACUCACUUUCGAAAAUACAAAGGCUAAGGAAAAUAAGAAUCGAGAAGAAAAUAUCGAAGCCUACUAACGAAGAAUCAAACUUAUAUUAUAAAGUAAAAAGACUGUUGAAAGAGGUAAUUCUUAACAAGGAGAUUGAAAACUUACCGAAAAAUCAUGCAAGAUAUAUGCCAGUAUUACAAGCCAACUAUAAUGGUAGUAUACCAGUUGUGAGGGCUCAACCUACAAGAAGAAGAAAGUAUAAAAAAUAA